AUGACAUUGAAUUGGGCUGUUUCACAACCGAAUCGUUUGCUCGAUAACGUUAACGAAAUGGCAAAACGAGUCGUCGACGUUGUAGGCGGUUUAGGCGUUCAGACAGAGAAUGGUACGUAUAUUGCACCAGCCGUAUCACCCGUCUCAGCCGCACCCUCGAUGGCAUCAGAUAAUCUUCCUUACGAGCAAGUCGGUAUUCUCGAGGAGGUCACUGUUCGUCGAACCAAAAAAGCGCCUGGGAAGAAGAAGAAAUUAUCGUAUGAGAUGGAUGAUGAUGCCGACGAACUGCUUAAGAAAUUCGACUCAAUCUCGUCGUAUACAUCCGAAGAUGUGAGCUCGAUUGGUGAGGAAACAUUGAGGGAUAUUCGUAAAGUGCUUCUUGAUGCAACCAAUUCAUCACUCUCAGACGUUCAAUCAACCAGUGAACAGGAAGAAAAACAUGACGAGACUGAAACGAAAAUGACGGAAUAUUCAACGGAUGCAAGCGAUGAAGAUAUUGCAUCAUCAUCACGAGAGGAUGCAAAAAUGGUUUCAUCGAGUGCAGAACGUGACACUUCACCGUUAGUAUCAGAUGUACAAGGUCUGCUUCUGUUUAAUAUUGUACUGGUUUUUAGUUAG